GCUUGGUGACCACGUCUUCUUGAAAUCUAUCGCGAGACCGCAUUGUGGUGGAUACUAGCUUCUGACUACGUCUGGACUGGAACACCCGAAGCUUCGGACCGCACCGACUCGGCUAUCCAGGUCACCUCCCUUACGCCUUUCGGAGCACUUUGCAACGGACAGCGCAUUCGUGUCCGCAUCGCGACCCCUUUCGUACGCGCGAGCCUAGCAUUUGACUCUUAGCUGUCCCUCCCUUGAGUGUACCUCCGCUACGACGACACAUGCCUCCCAAUCCCCUAACGCUCAAGCAGCGGCUCGCCGCCCUGUCUGCCAACAUCCAGUCUUCGUCUCGCUCAUCAUCGGACAUGCCUCCGGACUCUCCUAGCGGGAAGCGUAGGGCAUUCUUCAAGCAACCCUUUGGGAGAGGUCCCAGCGCGGACGCGGGGACGGGCGAGCCGUACGGCCAGGAGCGGAUACAGGAGGUCAUGAACCGAUUGAUAUUCCAGGCCGGAGUCGACUAUGAAACGCGUCCAAUGAUUGUUAUGUGUGCUUCUGCGAUGCCGGACCCCCGAGAAGUAUCCUACGACCUUCUUCUCAGUCGUAUAUUGUCAUAUCUCGACCUCUACGUGGAAUCCGACUACACGGUAGUAUUCCUCGCCGCCGGGAACAGGAAUUCACCAGGCUGGAACUGGGUUUGGAAAGCAUACCGUAGCUUGAGCCGCAAGUACCGCAAGAAUUUGAAGCGUCUGUAUGUUGUGCACUCAAAUUUCUUCACCAAGAUGCUAUUCUCUGCGGCUGGCGCGAUCAUCAGUCCAAAAUUCUUCCGCAAGAUAACUUAUAUCAAUACCCUUUCCGAACUGGCAUACCACGUCCCCCUGACACAGAUAGAUAUACCCCCGGCAGUAUACCAAGAGAACCUAAAGCAUGAGAAACAGAUCAACCUCCCUGUCAUGUCCCGAUCGGACCUUUUUGGGGUACCGCUGGAGGAGCUCAUGGGAUUCGACGGCGAGAAGGGCGGCCUCCCACGCGUGGUCAAGGAUUGCAUCCAGUACUUGCGCUCCACAGGUUUGCACGAUGAGGGCCUCUUCCGCCGAUCGCCGAAUUCUGUCCUUCUGAAGCAGGCCGCGCAAGCGUAUGACAGAGGGCACGUCGUCUCGCUAGAAACAUUUGGCGACCCCCACCUCGCCGCGGUGCUUCUGAAGAAGUAUCUGCACGACCUGCCUGAGCCCAUCUUCCCUGAACGGCUGUACCCGGUCAUCCGACGGUGUCCGCCCCCGACGAGCGACCCGGAUGACAUGUCUAGCAUCAUGUAUAUUCGCGAGACCCUGCUGCCCGAGCUCCCGCCGUGCGUGUACAUCCUUCUCAGCAAUGUCCUCCAUCUGCUCCACGAAGUGCAGCUCCGGUCCGCGUCCAAUCGCAUGGACGCGCACAACCUCACGGUGGUAAUCUGCCCCAACCUCGUCUCGAGCUCGAACCCGAUGCGCGACGUGAUGAUGUGCUCCGUCCCGAACGCCCCCACGCUCUUCGACACCGCCCGCGCCGGUGCGCCCGACCCACGAGUCCCCGCACACCCCAUGCACAACGCGGCCGCGCUCGCGGAGGGCAAGACGACGCUGGGCAUGGUCGUCAAGCUCUGCAUCGAGCGGUACUACGAGGUCUUCGACGAGCUGCCCGACCGCACCGAGGCGCUCUCGCAGGAGGUCGUGCACGCCCCGAACCCGUUCGCGGACAUGCCCUCGCCCGGGAGCCCGUCGAACAACCGCGACAGCGCGUUCCUGGACGACGAGGAGAUCGACGACGCGAUGCUCGUCAUGCCCAUCGGGCCCAGCGCCUCUAGCCGCUUCCAGCAGCAAAGCGGCAGCGGGAGCCCCGCCCCCACGGGAUCCAGCACGUUUCGUCCGCGGCACCAGACCUCGCAGUCUCGCGACGCCACGGCGCGCUCGACGCACACCGGGUUCGGGGGGCAGGGCGGGGGUGGGGGGAGCGCGUACGCGACGGUGAACAAGGCGCGCUCGACGAUCAGCAUCGAGCGCGGGAACCCGUCGCGCAAGGGCUCGAUUGCGGUCGGGCGCAACACGCAGCGCGGCAAGGGCGCAGGCGCGGGCGUGCAGGCGAUUGGCAUCACUGCUGAGGGCUUUUUCUCGGCUCCGGAUGCGCCGCCGGUCCCGACGCUGCCGUCGCAUCGGUGAGCAACGCCCGAGUCCGCCGGGUUCAUGAGGGUUGUUACGAGGUGAUUGGGGACGUGGUCGGUUCUCUGGUUCUGGUUCUGCUGUACCCUACGUGCUUGUUUAUUUUUCCCUGGUGGACCUUCUGCUCAGUACAAUAUUCAUCGAACUUGUGUGCUUGCCCCGCAGGCGACUCACAGGUAGUCUCCGC